AUGGCUGCCCAGCUCACCCCGUCGAAGCAGGCUGCUUCCUCCCUCGAGAACCUCAAGAUGAGCGACUCCCCCGUCAAGAAGCUCGACUUCCAGUCCGUCGGCAAGGAGAAUGUCCCCUCCUUCAAGGCUGUCGACGCACCCACAGAGAAGGCCGUUGUUGAGGCCCCCAAGACUGCGGCUGGUAUCAAGGCUCUUGAGGCCAGUGAGCCCCUCCUGCAGGAGAACCCCCACCGUUUCGUCCUUUUCCCUAUCAAGUACCACGAGGUCAGUCACGUCGCCGACGCGUUCACGCGUAAAGUGAUCUGGCAGAUGUACAAGAAGGCCGAGGCUUCUUUCUGGACCGCUGAGGAGAUCGAUCUCUCCAAGGAUCUGCACGACUGGCACAACCGCCUGAACGAUGAUGAGCGUUACUUCAUCUCCCACGUGCUUGCUUUUUUCGCUGCUUCCGAUGGUAUUGUCAACGAGAAUCUGGUUGAGCGUUUCAGUGGAGAGGUCCAGGUUCCCGAGGCUCGCUGCUUCUACGGUUUCCAGAUCAUGAUGGAGAACAUUCACUCCGAGACCUACUCUUUGCUCAUUGAUACCUACAUCAAGGAGCCCAAGCAGCGCACCUACCUUUUCGACGCUAUUGACACCAUUCCCUGCAUUGCCAAGAAGGCCAAGUGGGCUAUGCAAUGGAUCCAGGAUGAUGAGUCCACCUUCGCUCAGCGUUUGGUUGCCUUCGCUGCCGUUGAGGGUAUCUUCUUCUCUGGCUCUUUCGCUUCCAUCUUCUGGUUGAAGAAGCGUGGCCUCAUGCCUGGUCUGACUUUCUCCAACGAGCUGAUCUCCCGUGACGAGGGUCUGCACACUGACUUUGCUUGCUUGUUGUUCUCCCACCUUAACAACCGCCCCAGCCAGGAGAUGGUUGAGAAGAUCAUUGUUGAGGCUGUCGGUAUUGAGCAGGAGUUCCUGUCUGAUUCCCUGCCCUGUGCCCUGCUUGGCAUGAACGCCAAGCUCAUGUGCCAGUACAUCGAGUUCGUUGCUGAUCGUCUUCUGGUUGCUCUUGGCAACAAGAAGUACUACAACUCUACCAACCCCUUCGACUUCAUGGAGUCCAUCUCCCUGGCUGGAAAGACCAACUUCUUCGAGAAGCGUGUUGGUGACUACCAGAAGGCCGGUGUCAUGGCCAGCGCCCAGAAGCCUGCCGAGGGUGAUGACAAGCCUGCCAGCCACGGCCUGAACUUCGAUGAGGACUUCUAG